AAUAAAAUGCAAUUCCAGUGCGGCAGGUGGCAGUAAUGCGCUCUUGACGGCUGACUGCCUUGUGCAAGCAAAAACAUGGCGACGUCCUUGGUCAGGCAGACAAAAUUGUUGUCGAUUGUGACCAGCCAGUUAAAUUCUGCGGCAUGUUUCAGGAGCAUUCACUGUACUGCAGCUUGUUUGAAGAACCGUGCAGCUCGUAUUCGAGUGGGUAAAGGAGACAAGGCUGUGACGUAUGAGCAGGCGUAUCAUCCUCAUCACAUCGGCCACAGGAAGGGCUGGCUCUCACAACACACCAGUAAUCUUCAGGGUGAAGAUGGAGCGGCGGAGCGUGUUGUGGAGGACGUCUUCAUCAGACGCUUCAUGUACGGCACGUUUCAAGGCUGUUUAGCGGAUGAGGUGGUGAUCAAACGCAGAGGAAACCUCCUGGUCAUCUGUGUUGUGAUGAUACAGAAACUCUUACCGUCGAAAUUCUACUUUCUCAUCGGUUACACAGAGGAACUGCUCUCCCAUUUCUACAAAUGUCCAGUUAAAAUCGAGAUGCAGACAGUAGAAGAAAAAGUAGUCUACAAAUAUCUCUAAGGCCAUGUGUUGUUGGUUUAGAAAAUUGUUAUUAAAAGAAAAAGCUUAAGAAAUUUCUCUGUAUGUUUUACACUGUCCAGCAAGUGUCAGUGAAGGCGUUUUAUUUAUUUGGAAAAUCAUUAGUAAAAAUAUUCUCAUGAUAGUAACGUGAAAGGGUCUUACACUGUGUUUAUUUUAAUAUUUCUUUAUUAUUUCAUGCCAGGGUUGGAAAUUCAUAGGGGUUUGGUGCAAAAAUGGCCACAAAAUGAGCAAAGAAUUCCCAUAAAAACUGCAUAGUUAUACUAACUAAAACGCCACAUUUUAAAAUGGUUUGAACACUGUCAGGUUUUACAAUAAAAUAUACAGGACAAAAAACUAAUUAGCCUGAACAGAUCUUCCCCGUAUAACCCUACAACCCUAAAUUUCUAUCCCAUAGUGCCACAAGUAAACAAAUAUAGAUUAAAAAAGAAAAAGGAUAUAGAUAGUUAGAUGAGGUCUAUAUAUUCUUUCCUGUUGUUAUACCCAAAUAAGAGGAAGCUGCCCCAGUGUUUUACAAACGGAUCUUGACGUUUCUUCAAGGGAAAUGUUUUUUUUUUUUCAAGAGGCACAUAAGAUGAUAUUUCUUUAAUCCACAUAGAUGUCAAAGGAGUUUCCAUAUCCUUCCACUUCCACAUACUACUGCCGUUUUUUAAAUUUGAAUAAAAUGAAAACUAAAAAACAUUAAAAUCACAUGAGCCAAUAUUUUAUGCACAAUAGAACAUAGAUAACAUAAAUGUUUAAACUGAGAAAUUUUACAAUUUUAUGCACAAAAUGAGCUCAUUUCAAAUUUGAUGCCUGCUACAGGUCUCAGAAUAGUUGUGACGGGGGCAUGUUUACCAUGGUGUAGCAUCUCCUCUACUUUUCAAAACAGUUUGAAGACGUCUGGACAUCGAGGUGAUGAGUUUCUGGAGUUUUGGUGUUGGAAUUUGGUCCCAUUCUUGCCUGAUACAGGUUUCCAGCUGCUGAAGAGAUUGUGGUCGUCUUUGAUGUAUUUUUUUCGUUUAAUGAUGUGCCAAAUGUUCUCUAUAGGUGAAAGAUCAGGGCCCGUAUUCAUGAAAAAUCUUAGCGCUAAGAGCUGCUCCUAGUAACAAUAUUCUAAGAAAAUUCUUAGAAAUGUGGGUGUUUCCUCUUAAAAUUAAAGAAAAGAUCCUAAUAAAGAAAAAAGUAAUUCAGAAAGCAUCUUAACCCUUAAAAGAGGUCUUAAGGUCCAAAAUUGUUAGGAGUACAAACGAGGACUUUUAAGAGGCUUCAGAGUUUCUUUAGCAGUGGAGAAAAUGGACUAAACAUGAAGAGGGAGAAGAGAUGUGUUGCACACAAUGCAUGACAGUGAGUUAAUAAGACGCUACACAUUAGAUGGUGCAGGGAUCAUGCUUGUGACCGAACUUAUUUGAGACAAGCUAACAUCUCCGACACCGCACAGAAAUGCCAUAGCACCAGAAAUGGACGUAAUCACUACAUUAACAUAUUUGCCAACUGGAAAAAUACAACUCUGCAGCAGCGGAGAUUUGGGUCUGUUACAGCACUUUCAGAACCUCAUUGUGUCGCUGUUCAUUUCCUAUAAAAUACGUUAAGUAUGACAGCAUGGUAAAUAAUAAAUAAAGAAUAUAUAUACAUAUAUAAUAUGCGUGUGUGAGAGAGAGAGAGAGAGAGAGUACGGUAAAACAGGAAAAAUGUUCAUGUUCACAUAUGGCUUCCUUUUUGCAUGAUGGUGGAUUGUGUUUACCAACAGUGGUUUCUCAAUAAAUCCCAGGAGAUAAAUAUUGAAUGACCCUGCAGUUUUUGUUGUUUUUCAUCACUCAAAAAGCAGUGAAUUAUGUAGUUUGCUUUUUUAUUUUCAACUUAUGUAUUUUAUAAAUUGACUUGACA